AACCUGGAAGAGUUAUAUGAGACUCACGAGUCUCACGAACUUUAUCGGUUCUGAUGGACAGAAGUGACUCGGUUACCGUUUGUGAAAUUACAAUGCGUGCUUCGUUGAUUCUUGCGACCGGGGAGAGCUUCAUAUUGCUUUGCACUCACUUUAAGUUGUAAUGAGUCCUAAACACUGCAUGAAGUGAAGAGGAAGUCACUGGUUUUUAGGAACGGAGAAGUAAUGUCUGUGGUUUCUUCUGGUUCUUUGUCUCCUUGUGUUACGUUUGGUAUUUAAACGACAGAAAUAUAUAUUUAUACAAUGUCUUUCCGCAUCGAGCACAAGUUUAAAGAGGCAUUGAGGAAAAAGCCUAAUGAAAGAACCCAUGAGGAUUUAAAUACUAUAUAUUCACACAUGCAUAGAAUGGAUAUACUGUCUCAUCUUAGGGAGCACCAGUUACGGUUGAUGUCCGCAACAGCGCGUUAUGAAAGAUAUAGCGGAAAUCAAGUUCUCUUCUGUUCUGAAAGCCUGGCUAGAUGUUGGUAUAUUCUUCUGUCUGGUUCGGUUUUGGUGAAGGAUUCUAUGUUUUUACCUCCAUGCAGUUUUGGUAAGCAGUCUGGUGGCAAAAGAGGAUGUGAAUGUAUUGUGCUGGAGCCUUCUGAAAUGAUUGUGGUGGAAAAUAUCAAGGAAAACAAUGAGAACAUCCCCCACAGAGAGACAUCUCUCAGACAGUCCCGAAGGCAUUUUAGAAAAAUCAAUCAACAUGGAGAACUCCAAAUUAUUACUGACAAUGUGGAUGCUACUAAUUUUCGAUUGCUGCCUACAGACCUUUCCAAGAUGCAUCUUACAGACAACCCACAUGCCCAGGUUUCUCAUGUUCCCUCCAGUCAAUCCGUAUGCAGCAUUGCCAGUGACUCUGGAAGCAGCAGCCUGUCUGACAUCUAUCAGGCAACAGAAAGUGAAGUUGGAGAUGUGGAUCUCACAGGGCUUCCUGAAGCCCCUGUAGACUCUGAUGAUGAAGAGGAAGAAGAUGAAGAUAUCGAUAGAGCGUCAGAUACAUUGCUCAGCCGAGAUAUUGUGAGAGAGUGUCUCGAGAAGGAUCCUACCGACCGAACUGAUGACGAUAUCGAGCAAUUGUUGGAAUUUAUGCAUCAGCUCCCAGCUUUUGUCAACAUGACCAUGUCGGUCAGAAGAAAACUUUGCUCUGUUAUGAUCUUUGAAGUUGUGGAACAAGCAGGAGCUACCAUCCUCCAUAAUGGACAAGAGCUGGACUCUUGGUACGUUAUUCUAAACGGCACUGUGGAAAUCUCCUACCCAGAUGGAAAAAGUGAAAAUCUGUGCAUGGGAAACAGUUUUGGGAUCAAUCCAUCUUUGGAUAAGCAGUACAUGAAUGGAGUUGUGAAAACGAAAGUGGAUGACUGCCAGUUCGUGUGUAUAGCACAACAGGAUUACUGGCGGAUAUUAAACCAUGUGGAAAAGAACACCCACAAGAUUAAAGAAAGAGGAGAGAUUGUUAUGGUCAAUGAGCACCGGGAGCUGGAUCGCAGCGGUACUCGCAAAGGUCACAUAGUUAUUCAGGGUACCCCUGAAAGACUCAUAAUGCACUUGAUAGAAGAACAUUCCAUAGUUGACCCAACCUACGUAGAAGAUUUCCUCUUAACUUACAGAACAUUCCUUUCAAGCCCAUUGGAAAUCGGGAGCAAACUGUUAGAAUGGUUUCAAGUUGACAGUCUUCGAGACAAGGUGACACGAGUGGUGCUUCUUUGGGUUAACAAUCAUUUUAAUGAUUUUGAAGGGGAUCCAGCUAUGACACAGUUUCUGGAAGAGUUUGAAAAUAAUCUUGAAAAUGCGAAAAUGAAAGGGCACCUGAGGCUCCUCAACAUUGCCUGUGCAGCAAAGGCUAAAUGGAGACAAGUCACAUUGCUAAAACCGUCUCGAGAUUCGCCCCUUUAUUUCACCUUCCUCGGGGGAAGCGACAAAGGGUUUGGUAUAUUUGUGGAAUCGGUUGAUGCUGCCAGUAAAGCCGCAGAAGCAGGGCUAAAGCGAGGUGAUCAGAUAAUGGAGGUUAAUGGACAAAAUUUUGAGAACAUCACAAAUGCAAAAGCCCUUGAAAUAUUUAAAAAUAAUACACACCUCUCCAUUACUGUGAAGACCAAUAUUUUUGUAUUUAAAGAAUUGCUCAGCAGAAUUUGUCAAGAGAAGAAGUGCGGAGUGCCUCAUGUCCCAAAGAUCGCGGAGAAAAAAAGCAACCGCUAUUCCAUACCCGAUUUACCUGUCGAUAUGGAGCAUAUGUUUCCACGCGACAAGGCAAACAAGAAAAUCAAAGCCAACACUGUGUCUGGAGGAAGGAAUAGAAUCCGAAAGAUUUUAGACAAGACACGUUUUAGUAUCUUGCCGCCAAAGCCCUUCAGCGAUGGCAGUGUAAUCCAGUCACAGGACGAUAGCAUUGUUGGAAUGAGACAAUGUAGACACAGUGUUGCAAUCAUGCCGAUCCCAGGAACGCUUUCCUCAAGCAGUCCUGACCUGCUGCAGCCUACUACAAGCAUGCUCGAUUUUUCAAAUCCAAUCGCUGGAGGAUUUUGUUAUAUUCCAGACCAAGUUAUAAGGGUAUUCAAAGCGGAUCAACAAAGCUGUUACAUAAUUAUAAGCAAGGACACGACUGCAAAAGAGGUGGUGUGCGCGGCGCUGCAGGAGUUCGGACUUAUUAACGUCUCCUCAGAAACAUACUCUCUUUGCGAGGUCUCAGUCAGCCCAGAAGGAGUAAUUAAACAGAGACGGCUUCCGGACCAGUUCUCUAAACUAGCUGACAGAAUUCAGCUGAAUGGAAGAUACUAUCUGAAGAACAACAUGGAGACUGAGACCUUGUGUUCCGAUGAGGAUGCUCAGGAGCUGCUUCGUGAGAGCUUUAUAUCUCUUCUUCAGCUUAGUACUAUUGAGGUGGCAACGCAGUUGUCUAUGCGGGACUUUGAACUCUUUCGCAACGUUGAACCUGCAGAAUACAUUGACGAUCUUUUCAAAAUUGAUUCCAAAACUGGGAAUGCCCGUCUUAAGCAGUUUGAGGAGGUGAUCAAUCAGGAGACUUUUUGGGUGGCUACAGAAAUUCUCAAGGAGCCAAAUCAGCUGAAAAGAAUGAAAAUUGUGAAGCAUUUCAUUAAAAUUGCCCUCCACUGCAGGGAGUGCAGAAAUUUUAAUUCCAUGUUUGCCAUUAUAAGUGGGUUAAACCUCGCUCCUGUGGCUAGGCUGAGGGGCACAUGGGAAAAGUUACCCAGCAAAUAUGAGAAGUUACUCAGAGACCUGCAAGACCUGUUUGAUCCCUCAAGAAACAUGGCAAAGUAUCGCAACAUCCUCAGCAGCCAAUGCAUGCACCCUCCUGUUAUUCCUCUCUUCCCCGUCAUCAAGAAAGAUAUUACGUUUCUUCACGAAGGAAAUGAUUCCAAGGUAGAUGGUUUGAUAAACUUUGAGAAAUUGAGAAUGAUUGCCAAAGAAGUCCGCAAUGUGAUUCGCAUGACGUCUGCUAACAUGGACCCGGCCGUUAUGUUCAGGCAAAGGAAGAAGAGAUGGAGAAGUCUUGGAUCCCUAAGCCAAGGAAGCACAAACUCCAAUAUGCUCGAUGUACAGGCAGGCGGUCAUAAGAAACGAGCUAGGAGGAGCUCCCUCUUGAAUGCUAAAAAGCUGUACGAGGACGCCCAAAUGGCUAGAAAGGUGAAACAGUACAUUUCCAGCCAGACUGUGGAAACCGAUGAAGACAAAAUCCAAGUCAUGUCAUUGCAAUGCGAACCUUCCUAUAGCACUUUGACCAAGAAUUUAAGCGAGCGAAGACCAGUUAAAUCUGACAUGUCUCCCGCACCUCUGAGGCCGUCAGGCCAAACUAUUAGGGCUCAUAUCCAUCAACAAAACAGAAUUAGCCAGGUCUUACAAGUCCCCGCAGUAAACUUGUAUCCCAACCGAAAGAAAGUACCAACCAAGGAGAAUGUUCCAAAUGCUUCUACAUGCUGUCAAAAACACAUCGGUACGACAGAUGAUAUUACUGGUAAAACAGAAGCAGAAGAUACAAUAUCAAUGGUAUCAUCACUACAUUCAAGCCCCUCUGCUUCCCCAUAUGGAUCCCCACAUAAAGCUGUUAAUGCGGCAAAGUCGGAAAAUUCCAUUGCAAUGAACCUUUCCAGCUCCUGUUUGUCGCUGACGAGUGAACCCAGCCAGAAGGCCAGCAGUCAGCGAAGCUAUGGAAUAGGCUAUACCCUCAUACCAUCUGCCAAAUCCGAUAACUUCUCCGACUCAAGCCACAGUGAGAUCUCAUCGAGAUCAAGCAUAGUCAGUAACUGUUCUGUGGACUCGGUAUCGACUUCCCUGCAAGAUGAGAGAUGUUUGCCACAUUCUAACACGGAUUCCGAAAAAAGGGAUGUUCAUCAACCCACAGCAGAACGCAACCAGUCUUGUAUUGGUAACUGGCUUCAUGCAAGACAUCCAGCAAUCAGAAGUGUGGCACCGUGUAACAGCAGUGAUGAAGUAUCACAUGAUCACAUCACCAGAGAUACAGCAGACAGUGGUCGUGGAAGUUGGACAUCUUGUUCCAGCAGCUCCCACGAUAAUUUCCAAGCAUUUCAAGGUCAAAAAGGCUUGGACAUUUUUAGCACUUAUCGCUACACACAUAUGGAUGCACCCAUCGCUGAGGUAGAGUCGAGUUAUAACGAAGAUAAAUAUGAUGAAGACUACAAUACAGACAAAAGACAAUUAAAAGAUAGUCUUGAACUAGGUUAUUCUCGUGAGAGCUGGACAUCAUCAAGCUCUGUGUCAGAUACAAAUGAGACAAACUAUGGCACUAUAAAACGUAGAGAACUGAGUUCUGCAGAAAAAAAUGAAGCUUUGACUGACACACCCUAUAAAACAGUUACUUCGACUACCGAAAAAGGACUAAUAGUGUACUGUGUAACCUCGUCUAAGAUGGACAAUAGGUAUAGGGAGCCACCACCCACCCCUCCUGGCUACCUGGGAAUAUCAUUAGCUGACCUACAGGAAGGACCAGUCCAUCAACCACAUUCAAAACCUCCAGAUUAUAAUGUGGCAAUACAGAGAUCAAAGAUGAUACAUAGAGACCUCUGUAGACUUUCAACAUCUUCCCUUGCUAGCGAACCUUGCUGUGUCUCUGAGAAGAUGUUGUCCCUGUGGCAUAACCGACAAAAGCCCUGUACUACGGUAGAAGGUUUGGCUGACACAGGAAGUGAAGAGGAUGAAGAACAAGUGUCGGCUGUGUAAUUACUGGAAUCAUUAUUAUUUAUUGUGACUGUGGAAAGGACAUUGAACAUGGAAGAGUAUCCCGUGUAGCGCAAGACCUCUUAAAUGCGGUGACAUUUCUACAAUUACAUACAGCGGUGGCCAGCUCCGAGGAUCAAGAUCACUGUGCAUAACAAGCAGUACUCUGCAGGGAC